AUGAGAAAAAAAUAAACACGCCCGUUAUUUGUACCAAAACCAGAAAAUGGGGAUUUUCCUUUUGAUAUCAAAAACGCAAACACACAAGAAAUAAAAGCCAUAGACUUCAAAAGAAUGUACAAAACUAUGCAAAUGUUUUUAGAAAAAUUAAUACCAGAUCAGUCUCUCAAUUAAAGAGUACAAACAAACAUUGAUGCCAUUUUCAGAGUGUUCAUUGAAAAAGACCUAAAUCCUCCUCCUCCUCAAAAACUUGUUGGAAGAAGAAGUUCUCCUUAUACAUACUAGAAGCAAGAGUUUUGGGAAUUGGUAGAACACCUAAAUUCUAUGGGGUUUUCUUACCGCCAAUUAUCAUAGAGAUUAUAAGUGCAUUAUGUUUAAAUUUCAACUCAUCAUCGAGGCACUGUUGAUUACGAUGACGAAGAUUCUGAAUAUGAGUCGGAAUCGGUAAAGAAGGUAAGCAAAGAAGAGGAUCAUUCAUAAUAAGUUAUACAAAAAUAAUAACAACAUGAUGUUUUUUAUUCUGAUGAUGAAAAAGGACAGAAAUGA